AUGGACAACAAGCCGAAGAAGAUGACAUAUGCUCUUGGAUUGCCCUACGGCGAGCCUACGUGGUCUGGAUAUACACUUGCGUCCUUCCAUUACCCGGAGCUAACAUUCGGCAGGCCCUCGCUCUCCACUGAGCACGAAGCAGCGAUCCUCUCACUCCUAAUUCCUCUGCUCCAGCCCGUCGGUGCCUUUCGUCGUAGUCAUGUCCCUCGCUCCAAGGGAAAGGGAAGAGCUGGAAAACCUCCCAAUCCCUCAGCCCAGGACCCAAUCUCACCUCCUGCAUCGAUGCCAGAGAUUUACAACAACCUCACCAUAGGGUUUAAUACCACCAUUCGAAGACUAGAGGCUUUGUCCCAGGUCCGAAAGCCAUCCAGCCUGUCGGAGCCCAAGACCGCUCACCAGUCAGACCCUGCACCCACGAACCUCGUUGCUGUUCUCGUCUGCCGUCGCUCUCUUCCACAAGUCAUGACCUCUUCCAUUCCUCUACUGAUUGCUGCUGCAGCCCCAAAAUCCAGCCGCAGCAGACUCAUCGAGAUAAGUACACAAAGUGAAUCAAAGCUUGCCCAAGCCUUAGGGCAACCACGGGUCGGAGUGCUUGGUGUCGAGAAUGAUGCUGCAGGCGCUACUGCACUGGCGCGGUUUGUGGUUGAUAAUAUCGGUUCUGUGGAUAUUCCCUGGCUUGAGCCACUGUCAUCUCCUAUAUACCUGCCAGUCAAGAUACACUCGGCCACAACGGCUCCCAAAGAGAAAUCUUCGGGUGAUGCUCGAAAGAGGAAGAAGAGUGAGAAAACAUGA